AUGAUCCGUCGUCGUAUAAAUAAGGCUCGUUUUAUUAGUGAUUCCAUCGAAUGGAUCCUUUCGACAGACAAUGCAGACUUUCAAGCCAACCAAUAUUGGAUAUUAUUGGACAAAUAUGGACAAGAUCCAAAAUUUUAUAAAUUGAUAGAUUAUAUUAAAAAAAACUAUCUUGAAAAAGAAUUACAACAUAUUGAAGAUAUCAAUACAAUAAAAACAUAUUUUGAUAUGGCAAUAAACGAAAAAGAUCCUGUUUAUUUAUUACAAGCAUAUACAGCUGAGACCGGUUUUUAUUCUGCGCUCAAUGUUCAUCUGACACAAUUAAGACUAGAAAAUUUAACUGCUACCGAGAAUCUUAGUCGAGCAUAUUAUGUGGGAAUAAUUGCUCGUCAUCCAAAAUUCAAAACAUUUUCGUAUACUGGGAAAGUAUUUCGUGGUAUGAAUAUUACUAAUGAUGAUUUAGAACAAUAUAAAAUUGGUACACGAAUUUUAACUAAAACAUUUUCGUCUUCUUCAAAACAAUUAGAUAUUGCAUUAGAAUUUCUUGGUCGUAACAAAAAUGCAGAUGAUCGAUUAAGUACUCUAUGCAUAUAUGAAAUACGUAAUCAAAGAACCGCAUUAGAUAUUCAAAAUGUGUCAUUGUUUCAAUAUGAAGAAGAAGUUUUAAUAUUACCCUACACAGCAUUUAAAAUAAUUGAUAUUCAAAUGCAUAAAGGCAAAUUACCUAACGUAGAGAUAAAACUAAAAGAAUGUGAACCAUGGUAA